AUGGAUGCCGCAGCAUCAGUGGCCCUUGAUGUGGGCGUGCGGGCAUUGAACGCCUUAAAUGACUGCCUAGAAGAGAAAGAUACUGCGAUAUCAUGGUAUGGCAAAGAAGCCUGCAAGACGUUCACGGGAAGGAGUUGGAGCCUAUUUCCAAGGAAGUGGAAAAAAUUUUCUCACGUAAAGAUAACGAAAGUUUUCAGAAUCCGGGCCAACGAUUGGCAGAAAGAAGAUUCAGGGGAAUGUUGUUGGCUCCCAAUCUACCAUGCGUUGCCUAAACAAACUCAAAAACUCUGUGAAGCAGAGCCUAAACGAUCCCUUGGGUCUCUAGGGAUACUCAAGUCGCUACCUGCAGCACGCAUGGACGCCUGGGGCUUAACUGUCCUUGCCAUAGCAAACGGGGCGAGACCAGAAGUCACAUAUGCCGAGAACGGCGGGUAUUUCGCAUCAUUUAAUGCGAAAGACUUCGUCCUUACGAUGUGGCAAGACAAUAUUGCCGCACCAGUAAUUGGCCACAUCGAACCGAAACAAAUCCCUUCAUUGGACCGUGACCUACUUACAUCUCCAGAGUGGAACAUGUUACUCUGGCAAGGUCAUUCCUUCAGCCAACACAACCACAUAUCUGGCUGGCCCUUGAAUGGAGUUGGGCAAAAGGAACCUCCCGAGGAUCUGGUGACACAUAGUCGCGAUGAGGAGAUUAUGCAGUUAGUCAUGGACAACGAAUGGGUGGAACGCCUUCAAAACCAAUUUCGCAAUGCACUCUAUAGAUGUUAUGACUCGUGGGAGAGGCUUCAAAGACAUCCACGAAACCAAGGGCAUAUUGAUAGUAACCGGAUCGACCUCAUCAAACGCCAACUUCUGGCCUUCAAGCUUAUUCUUGUGGACGGUGAAGAACCGGCAAAGAUACAUUCGAACUUGGAAAUGUUGGAAAUAAGGAAAGAGGAUAUCCUUCACUACGCUUUGGAGCAAUUGAAAUUCAUCACCGAGAUCAUGCACAAGAAUAAAACCGAUAGUCUACAUGAUGCUGCAGAGCAGGUCAGUGACGGGGAAAUGAACGGACAACAGUGA